GAACUGAAAGCAGGGGAGGGCGGCGAAGGGGAGAGGGAGGAGUGCCGAGCAGAGAACAAGGUUACACGUGAGAGUAGUCCAGAGAACGAAAGUAAGAAAGAGAGACAGAGGAGAGAGAGAAUAGCAGGACAGGUACGAUAGUGUGGAUUAUGGAGUUGAGAAGGUUUCAAUCUUACUUCACAAGUUAAUUACCUGUUGCUCACUGGAGGAGAAGAAAGAACAAAGAAAAGUGGAGAACAAAGAAAGAGUAAACAAUAAGGGCAACGGAGAAAGAGAGAGAGAGGCAGAGGGGAAAACCAGGGGUAGAGAGAGGAAAGGAGAUAGGGAAAGGGGGAACCAGGGGUAGAGAGAAAGGGAAGGACAACAGUUGAAUGUUGACCGAGGGAGUGAGGAUAUUAAUUGGGAGAUAAGCAAAAAGGAGAGGGGAGGAAAAAAGAGAAAGUGUAGAAAAACGAAUAGAUACACAUUGACAGAGUGGACUGGACUUCAAUGAAGCACUGACAUCAGCAAAAUAAAGGGUGAGAGAGAAAGGAGGUCACUGCAGUCCGAAGUAGGUGCUGUGCACUGUAAUUCCUUAAGCACGCUUACUAUGCAACAGGAGAGUUAGGACAAGCAAAGACAGACAGACGUUCACUACACGAUUGAACCAUGUUGAUGAAGGAGUAUAGAAUAUGCAUGCCACUAACUGUGGAAGAGUAUAAGAUAGGGCAGCUGUACAUGAUCAGUAAACACAGUAAUGAGCAGAGCGGAGGAGGGGAGGGAGUGGAGGUGGUGAGGAACCAACCAGACACACAUCCCCAACACGGCCUGGGACAGCUCACAGAGAAACGCAUCUACCUCAAUAGUAAACUGCCAUCCUGGGUGAGUGUGUUUGUCCCCAGGGUCUUCUAUGUGACAGAGAAGGCCUGGAACUUCUACCCUUACACCAUCACAGAGUACUCAGUCUCCUUCCUUCCCAAGUUCAGCAUCCGUAUUGAGACCAGGUUUGAGAACAACAAUGGUGACAACAAUAAUGUAUUUGGAGACAGGCCCACCCCUGCAGAGAGCGUGAGCCACCUGGAUAUCCUCAUUGACCCCAUCCCUGACAAACACUACAAGGAGACAGAGGACCUGAGUCGCUGGGUGUCUGAGAAGACGGGCCGAGGCCCCCUGGUGGAAGGGUGGCGUAAGGACAGCACCCCCAUCAUGUGCUCCUAUAAGAGGGUGCAGUGCAGUUUCGAAGUCUACGGCUUCCAGGGCAAGACUGAGGACUUCAUACACAGGAACAUCCAGGACAUCCUACUGGUGGGACACAGACAGGCUGUGGCCUGGACAGACGAAUGGCAUGGGAUGAGUUUGGAGGAUGUGAGAGAGUAUGAGCGACAGAUACAGGAACAGACCAACAGCAAACUCAAAUCAACCCAGAACAACAACACAGCAACCCCUCGUCCGGCAUACUCGCGCUCUAUGUCCGUCACAGAUGAGCGCUCUCUGAAGAAGAUGGGAGUGAAGACUAUGGCCAUGUCAGACCCCUCCACCUCCACAAUGCCUCAUAGCACUGUCCGCCUUAACUCCACCCCCGAGUAACACACACACGUUCAUACGUUCCUGCCUGCUUAAACCCCUCCAUGACAGUAACUACACUGCAUCAGUUCCUGCCUGCUUAAACCCCUCCAUGACAGUAACUACACUGCAUCAGUUGCUGCCUGCUUAAACCCCUCCAUGACAGUAACUACACUGCAUCAGUUCCUGCCUGCUUAAACCCCUCCAUGACAGUAACUACACUGCAUCAGUUCCUGCCUGCUUAAACCCCUCCAUGACAGUAACUACACUGCAGCAGUUCCUUUUUUUUACGGCCGUCCACCACAAACACAUUUAACCAAUAACGCUACACUGUCCACAGAAGCAGCACUUAGAGCACUCAGGUCCUACCCUUUUCUCCAGCUGUAACUAUAUAACCCUAACCCCUGUCCUACCCCUUUCUCCAGCUGUAACUAUAUAACCCUAACCCCUGUCCUACCCCUUUCUCCAGCUGUAACUAUAUAACCCUAACCCCUGUCCUACCCCUUUCUCCAGCUGUAACUAUAUAACCC